AUGAUAAAAUUAAAAAUAAACUAUUUUUUUAAAAAUGUGAACAACAUUUUUUUUUACAAAGAACGAAGGAAAUUAAUUCUUUGUAAAUUUUAUUCUAAUAAAACAUAUUUCUUAAAUAAUUCAGAAAAAGAAGAAAAAAAAAUUUAUAAAGAAAAUAAUGUAGAAAAUAAGGAUUUGGUUUAUGGAGAUUUAAAAAAGAAUAAAAUAAAUAUAGAAAAGUUAAAAAAUGAUAUUAUAGGUAUAAUUAAAGAUGUAAAAUCAAUUGAAAAUAAUGAAAUAGUUAUAUAUAAUUUUAUUGAUAUAAUUCUUCAUUUAAAAAAUAAUUUAAAUAUUUUAUUAUAUUUAAAAGAAAAAUAUCUUAUUGGAUAUCUUUGGUCUAUAUCUAAAACCAUAAAUUUUUUAGAAAAAAAGAAAUUAAUGAACAAUGAAAUAAUCUUAAAUUUGAAAUAUCUUUUCGUUUACAUUGCUAAUUCAGUUAUUAAAGAAAAAGAUUUACAAUACAAUAACACUUAUAUUAAUCUAAAACAGUUUAUUUUUUCAGUUCUAUCCAUUAGAAUAAAUAACAAUGAUAUAAAUGAAAUUAACGAUGGUAAGUUUUAUAAAGAUGAGGAUUUUAUGAAUUAUUUAUAUAAUUAUAAAAGUAAAUUUAAGGAUGAGAAAAAAGUAAAUAAAGAAGAAAAAAAUAAACAGCAAAGAAAAAAAAAAGCAAAAAAUAAUAAAUUUAAUGAUAGCAAUAAUGUAUAUAGUUUGAAAAAUAAAAACUGUUUUUUCAGUAUUUAUAAAAAAAAUAUAUUUAUGAACGUAUUUAACUCAUUACAAUAUUAUAUUAUAGAAAAGUUAAAAUGUAUUAAUCUAGAUGUUAAGACAACUAUUAAUUUCUUAGAAUACUCUAAUAAAAAUAUGAAUUAUAAUAUAAAAAUAUUAAUUAGUAAUAUAUUAUUAAAUAAAUUUCAUUCUAAUCAGAAUAUUUAUGAUUUUUCUAUUUUUGAGUUGUGUAGAUUAAUAAAUAUAAUAGUAAACUAUAAUAUAAGAAAUGCAGAUAAGCUUAUAUCAAUUAUUGUUAAUUUAUUAUUAUAUGAACAAAUUUAUAUACAAAAUGAAAUUAUAUUUAACUUUAAUUUAUUAUUACUAGAUGAAUUUUAUAUAAAUGACACAAAUUUUUCUAAAUAUGUUUUAAAAAAAAAUUCAAUUAAAAAUUUUAACUUAUGGCUUCAUAAUGGGAGUAAAAGAGACAUUUCCUCUUUAAUAAGAGAUUUUUCAAGAAUCAAAAUUAUGAAUAAUAACUUAUAUAAAAUUUUAAUUGAAUGCUUUUUAUAUAAAAUAAAUUACGUAGAUAUUAAUAAGUUGACUGAUUUAUUUGAAUUUCAUAAUAGCAUAAAUAUUUUAGAUAAAAAUUAUAAUUUAAGUAAGGUUAAAAAUUCUGAUACAAAUAUUUCAUACAGCAAAAACUAUAUGAAAAAUUUUAAAAAAUAUGAUUCAUUUAAAUUAUCAUCAAAUAUAGUAAACACAUACAAAAUAGAUAACUGUAGAGAAAAUAAAUUAGAUAAUAAUUUAAAUAGAGAGAAUAAAACAAAAAUAAAAGAAGAUAUUUUAAAAAACAUUUCUACUAAUAACAUUUCGAGAUAUCAGGGAAGCAAUAAUUUUAUAAUGAAUAUGAAAUAUAUAGAAGAAAGAAAAGAUAAUAAAUAUGAUGAAAAAAAUAUUAGCAUAUCGGAAAUAAGGAAUUGCGUUGAUGUUUUGAUAGGCUUAGCGAAUGUUAAAUAUUUUUACGAAAAAUUUAUACAUUUUUUUGUUCAUAAUAUAGUUAAGAAUGAAUAUUUUUUUAACUUGAAAAAUAUCCAAAAUAUUAUUUUAGUUAAGAGAAAUUUGCUAAUUUUAGAAUACAAUAAUUUACUUAUUUUAGAAAAAUUAUUUAAUUUUAUUAUAGAGAAUCAUAAGAUUAUUGAAAUAAAGCAACUAAUAAUGAUUUUCUAUUCAAUAUAUAGUUAUAUUAUUAAACAGUAUCAGUCGAAAAAUGUAAAAUACAAUAGUAAUACUAACAAUUUAUUUUAUACUUCUAACACUCUUAAAAAUGAUGAUUACUAUAUAGAUAAAAUUAAAGAGAAUAAUGAAAAAAAAAAAAAAAAAGAAAUUAUAUUGGAGUUAUAUAAUAUGAAAAAUAAAUUAUUUAAUCAAUUAUACAAAUUAUCAGAUAUUAUAUUUUUAAGAAAAGAAGAAAUUAAUUCUCUACAAGGUUUAGUUAAUUUUUAUUUUUCUUUAGUUAAUAGCAUAAAUGCUUUAUCUAUAGAAAAAUACAGUUUAUUUUAUGAAAAAUUUUGGUAUUUAUUAAGGAAAGAAGGAAAAAAGAAUAUAAAAGUACAAACUAUUGCUCAAAUUUUUUUAUUACACUAUAAAAACAAUAUGAUACAUAAGAAACUGUUUUUAUAUUUACUUGAUGUUUUUAUUACUUCUUUAGCAGUUGAUAUUAAUAAUAUGUGCGCUAUUACUUUUAUAUCAUAUCAUUUUAAUAUUAUAAAUAAAUCUUUCUUUAAUUUUAUUUUAAAUAUGUUAUUUAAAGAAAUAAAAAAUAGGGAAGAACAAAGAAUAACUCUAGUUAACAAUAUUAAAUAUGAUUUAAAUAAUAAUGAAAAAAAGAAUAAAAAGGUAGAAACAAUGAUGUUAUAUAAAAAUAGUAGUAUUAAUAAUAAUGAGUUAUCUUUUAUUGAAGAAUAUAGAUUAAAUGAAGGAAAUAUCAUUAGUGAUUUUAAUAAGAGCAUAGUUUAUAACACAUUUGAUGAAAAUUAUGAUUUUUUUAAUGAUUUAAAUAAUUUUUUAGGUGUUAAUAAUAAUAAUUCAAAGGAGGAAAUAUAUAAUAAACUAAUUAAAUGUAUAUGGCCUUUAGUUUUAAGCAGUUUUUUUCUUGAAAGUUCAAAAAUUACAUUUCUGAAAAUUUGUUUACUACUAAAAAAGAUAUUCAAGAAUAAAAUUAUUUUGAAUGAAGAAGAACGUAAUAUAGUAUAUCAAAUAAUGUUAGGUUUAAAUUUAUAUUAUAAGAAAAAUAAUUUAAAAAAUCAUUUAAAUGUCCCUGUUACUUUUUAUAUUCCAUAUAGCAUACUAAAAGAGGCAAUAAAAAAUAACAUCAAUUUACAAAAAAAAAUAAAUAUAUCUAGUUUUCAAUAUAAAAUUUCUAACUAUUUUAAUAAAAAAAGAAUAAUGUAUAAAUCAGAAUAUUCUUUAAAAUAUGGCAUAAUAGUUGAUUUUUUACUUUAUAGAAAUAAUAAACCAUUUUUACUGUUGGAAAUUGACGGAAUAUAUCAUUAUAAUAUAUCCAAUGAAAAUAACUAUGAGUUAAAGUAUAAUAAUAUAUUUUUAAUGAAAAAUGGAAGAACAAUAUUUCGUAAUAAUUUAAUGCAAGUUUUAUACCAACUGAAAUUUAUAUCAAUACCUUGGUUUUUUUUUUUACAAUCUGAAUCCUUUAAAAAAUUACAAAUUAUAUUGAAAAAAAAUGAACUGUAG